CUGGAUCAGGAGCCAACAACUGUACAGUUGCUCAGAUAAGUUACAAACUGUGGCGUUUAUGUACUGCUUUACAAACUCUAAAUUGUAUAAAUUUAAUUGGUCUACUUUAAAACUUGUGUGUAAUUUGUGGGGAAAAAAAAGUCCUUUGUGCCCUUUGUUAAAAUUAAAGUUCAUUCUUAGUCUUUCAACUGAAAAGGGUAAAAUCUGUUUGAAUACCCUUAUUUUUGUGACUUCUGUAGGACGUAAGGGGCCUUCUGUUUUUCCUACAGUGACAAGUCUUAAAUUCACUUCGGUCCAGCAGAACAUUGUAUAUCUGUCAUGCAUCUUUGACAGGAAAUUUUUUGCAUGUGAAGGAACAUGUUUCUACAAAAUCAAUGUUUGAUCAUGUCACAUUAUAGUUUAUUUCAGACUACUCCUUUGCAUCAUGCUUUACAUGAUGCAAAAAAAGUCUUGAAGUCGGUCUGCUUUUUUUCCCCCUUAUAUGGAGUAAAGUUUCUUUAUUUUAAGAAUAACUUGCAGGCUUUGUAGAGAAGGAAAUUGGUACUGUGGCCUUUACUCUGGCCACUAACAGUAUUUUUUUUUUUUUUUUUUUGCUUUGGCAUACUGAUACAACAAUAGGCAUCUGUUUUCCCAAGAGCCAAGCCUUAUCGCGUCAUUGUCGGUUGUCUCCAGAGCGGCGGCACAAGGAACCAGGCAGCUGGGGCCAAGGUGCAGGUGCGAGACAGCAGCAGGGCGCUCUAGUUCCCACUGGUGACUGAAUGCUGACCCCUGGUGAUCCCUUGAGCCCAGUACAACAGAUUUAGAUAAGUAACAGGAAAUUGUAACACAUUAUUAAUAUCAUGUUAUGUAAAUCCAGUGACUUUGGACUAUCUGACCUGAGGUGGCAUUGUGUUGCUGUGGUGGUGUUUUAACCUGCACAGAAACACAGACCAUCUGCUGAGGUCUGCGAGUCUGCACAGUGUUCGAAACCCUACAUUCCAUGCAGCACAGCCUUUGAGGUUCUGGCAGGGCCCUGGACAGUCCAGGGUGAGGUCUAGGCUGCAGGUUCUGGGCCGCUCCUAGAGCAGAGUUAUUCCCAUUAAAGUGUCGUUAGCAUUCCUCGCGGAUUAGUCUGCUCCUUGCGUGUAUUUGCUUAGGCAGUGAGCUGUCGCCACUGGAAAUCAGCUUGUUAUCGCAUUUCACUCUUUCUGACACUUACACCUGUAUUAUCAGUAACUCCUUUCUAAGCGUGACAAAGGGGGAAAAAAACUGCCAUCGACAACCGGAGAUGUGGAUUCAAAAGUGCCUUCAUACAGCCAGGUACCCCUCUCUAGAGAGUCCAGGGUAAGUACCUUGAAUAAGGGUACUACAGCAGGAAGGGCAUUCGAACCUGGAACCGUCGACUAGCCCUAGCUACUAUUCUACCUGCCACCAUUCACAGUUUCCACUUCAAUGGGUAGUUAUAUAGCUGUAUUUUAAUUUAAAUAUAUGCCAGUGCAUAGCCAUUUAAUCAGCCAAGAAGCAGCAAUUUGGACAAGACAGUUUGUGAUCAUCUGCCCUGUAAAGACCAUAAUUGUGACAAUGUUCAUUUACCCAGGACUCCACUGAGCACUGUUGCUAACAGUAUCGGUAGUAUCUUUGCACCCCCUAUAGCUGACAAAUGAUUGCGCUCUGCGCAAAAUGCGCGGUGCCUCGCGGCCGCACAUAACCCGUCCAAAGUGUUUAACCCCUGUAACUGGUUUAUUGCGGUCUAAUUGAAAGUAGCCGAAUUGGCUGAUGGCGACCCAGGUUUAUAUUUGACAGCCUUUAUUUCCACGCCUUGUCCGCCUUUCCCCGAAAGCCAUUACGCACAUUUGUGCUCUUUGGAUAGAACUCCAAGUGACUUUAUCGCGUUCACGCUUCAGGAGCGCCAUUCAUUGUGCGCGUUUCUGCAGUGGCACGUAGUUGGGGUUCGAGUGACCCUGCCUCGUGCUAAACCAUGACCAAAUAUAAAGACCAUUAAGCGCAAUUACUUGGACCGUCUGCGGUGAAAUGGGUUUGUUACAACUUUAUGAUACGAGUAAAGGCCCCAUUAAGUUACUAUGGCAAGCUUUUCGAGCGGCUGCUCACAAACAGAGCGGCAGAGCUGAAUCGCUCGUUAAAUAACAGAGUGGACGAGGCUUCGGUCCACAUUUCCUUCAGGAACCAGUAACGCUCUUAUACUUUCCCCUUUGGCAUAUUGCACGUGUGAGCGCACGCCGCCAUCCAGGGGGACCAUCAAUGAGCGAUAAUAUUCUUUACAUUUAUUCGCGAAUAUUGUGUGUGUUGGGGGGUUAGGAUUUCCCUUCAGGACUGUAGUGGUCUAAUACUCACAGUCACAUGACUGAACUAAUAAACGGUUGAGAGAAAAUUUUGCAAAACCCCAAAUAAAUAGCACAAAGCUUUUGAUACUUCACUUGGGCUCAUGCAACCCAAUAUUUUUGUGCAACUCCAGUAUUUAUUGCUAGUAUUUCUGGACUCCACCACCUGACAAGCUGUUACACCUCGGUAUGUACCUAUACAUUUACAUUACUAAUGAUUCCUGUAGAAUAAUGAAAAACCGAUUCCUCUUUGGAACACAACAUAAUGGUUAGGUGUUCAGGUGUGUCAGAGAAGACAGAAUAACAGGCUCGUCCAUUUCCACGAUCAACUUCUCCUAAGUGUGUUUACUGUCCGUUUCCUAAGGUCCGAGCGAUCAGCAGCGGCCACGGGCCACAUGCACCGACCCCCCCCCCCCCAGUGACGGAGCACCCCUCAUAAACCCCUUCCCUGCCACUCCCUGCUGCUUCAUUUAUUAGCAGCAUAAUCCAGCGCUCCCUCCGUCCGCGGAGAUAAGGGUCCGCAGAUUCCCCCGCUCACCUGGCCGGCCGUCGCUCCAUUAGGCCCCACCGCAGGUGUUUCUUAGAUACCCGACGGCAAACAGCCGUGUUUACCGAGGGGACUGAUCGACACGUGGGUCACUUGUCGAUUAGUGCGGGACUGAGCGUGGAAAAGGCGAGGGGAGUGACAAGUAAGCAGCUUUUCCCACGUUGUAUCAACAGUGACACCGGUGGGUCGGCGCACCGGGGUCACAUGGCGACAGACACACCUAUGAGGGCCUGUCAGCGGUGCCUGGCGCAGGUGACCGCAGGCAGAGCUCCAGUGCCGCGCAGGGGCAGCUCGCGAGCGCAUGAGCACCUGUGUGCUGGAGGAGCCCUGGUCACCAGCAGCGAUGAACAGGGAGGAGCAGUACUACUCCUCCUCCUCCUCCUCCUCCUCAGCAGCGCACCUCUACAAGGACUCCUGCGCCUUUCAGAGACCCCCGGGCCCGGGGGAUGAGUUCAGGCACAGCCCCCCGCCGUGCCUCUACAUGGCCCGGCAGACGGCUCCAGUGUACCCCGCGCCGUCGCUCGGUUCCGUGGAGCCCCAGUGCCUCCCUGAGAGCGGCCCGUACGAAAUGCCCCUGAUGCGGGAGGACCCGGGGGUGGCACAUCCCCACCCGGCUCCGCAACACGCACAGUCCGUGCUGCAGUCCAGCGCGGUGUACGGACACCCAACGGAGCUGGCGAUGCUGCCCGAUCGGAGCCGGUAUCAGCUGCCCUUCCCGUGGAUGAAGUCGACCAAGUCCCACGCGCACGCAUGGAAAGGCCAGUGGACAGGCCCCUACAUGGUGGAGGCUGAGGAGAGCAAGCGCACCCGCACUGCCUACACUCGCGCGCAGCUGCUGGAGCUGGAGAAGGAGUUCCUCUUCAACAAGUACAUCUCACGGCCGCGCCGCGUGGAGCUCGCUGUCAUGCUCAACCUCACAGAGCGCCACAUAAAGAUCUGGUUCCAGAACCGACGCAUGAAAUGGAAGAAAGAAGAGGACCGCAAGCGAGUGCGAGCCGGUGAUCCCGAGCAGGACUCUGCCAUCAGCUCCGGUGACCUGAGGGAGGAGCCGAGCAUGGUGGUCCCACCCACUGCACCGGAAGCCACAGCAUCCAGUUCCCCCCUGGCAGUGAGGGGAAACCAGAGGAAGUCCCCAUGAACACGGGGAGAACACACAGACUCCGUACGGAACUUUGUACCGUGCUGGUAGCAGGUGUAUGUUGCUGGCCUUCAGCUGGAGUGUCUCCUCGUCACACGGGAAGCGUGGAGAUGCAGAGCGACAAUGCUGAUGAAACAUUUUUCAAACGGUCCCACCACCUCCCAUGACCCGGCGCAGCCUGGUAUGACUGGUAUGAGCCAGGUGUUCAGAGGAAGAACCUGCCUCCUGUGAGCGUGAGCAAGAUAUGAGAGAGGAAACUGUUCCAUUGCCCCACCUUGACUUUAUGAGUAGCUGUUGCACAGCUGGAGCUCAUUUCUGCCAAUUCCCGAGAGCUUGAGUUAUGUGUUCCGAGUUGAAAUAAUUUAUGGAAAAAAAAACAAGUAGGCUGUGUGCUGCUUUUCUUGAAAGACCAAGAUGUUUCCAUCAUUUUGACAAUGUUGGCUUUGAUGUGUAUAUAAUUAAUGAAUUGUUUGUAUUUAAUGAGUGAAACAGGUAAUUGUGAUCAAAUAAAAACAAUAGAAUAA